GCCCACCCCGUUUGAGCUCUCCACAGCCACCUUGCGUCGCUUCCUUCCAGCUAGAUACACGCGUGCUUGAAGAACACGUCCUCCCUGGGGAAGGGAGGGAACUGCAGAGCGCCCCCUCCCCACUGCAGGCCACCGGCCGAAGGCCGCAGGUUACAGGACCAGCCACGGCCGGCCUCCACCCGCCAGACAACUCGGCUGUCCACGGGGGAAGCUGCUUCCGGCGGCACCGGAAGCACGACGGGGACCUUACGGAAGGCACGGACUGAGGGACUCAUAGUUCUCCUGGGCCCAGAGGGCGACCUCGCCUGGGAGCUGAGUGAGUGGGGUCUCUGCGCUAGGGUGGUCGCGAGUGCCAGUGUCACUUGCUGCGGCUUCCGUGCCCACGAGCGCCCAGGUGCGCUCCCCGGUAGUAUGCGUGGCGGCGGCAGUGUUUGAUUUUUCACAACGACUUCUUUUUUUCCUUUCUAAAACCUCUUACUGGUCCAUUCAGACAUUUCCCUUAAUGCAGCUACGCAUUUGCAGCCUAAGCACCCUCUCCUCCGCUAUGGGAAUUGUCAGCCUGAGUUCUCGGUUGCCGCUAAGCUUGUGGCAGUAGGAUUGACCCCUUCUGGAUUCCACCGUCCACUGCAAAGUGAGAGGCGUUGGGAUAUUUAACGAUCAAGGUUUUAUUCCAGGAGAAAUAUGAACCAGAAGCUACUGAAGUUGGAAAACUUGCUACAAUUUCACACUAUUUGUAGGCAGUUGCACGGCCUACGUCAGAGAAGACUCUUAGCAUGGUGGAGGCAUGGGUUUGCACCAGCUUCCCCAGUGUGGACAGAUCUGCUGGGUGCCCGGCCCUGGCAGACAGACACGCUCAUUGGUUCAGCUUUGCAUCAGCACAGGCUUCUUGUAACAAAGAAGGAAAAAAGACCACCAAGACCUCAGUUGUCUCCAGUAAAAACUAAAAAAGAGGUAGAAGUAUGGGUUGGAAUGACUGUUGAAGAACUAGCCAGAGCCAUGGCAAAAGAUAUAGAUUGUGUAUAUGAAGCUCUACUGAACACGGCCAUUGACAUAGAUUCACUAGAAGCAAACUCACGUUUAGACGACGUCUGGAUCAAAGAAGUUAUAAAGAAGGCAGGAAUGAAGCUGAAAUGGAGCAAAUUAAAACAGGAAAGAGUUAGAGAAAAUAAAGAUGCUGUGAGAAGGCCUGGGGCAGAUCCCACCUUAUUAAAACCAAGGUCCCCAGUUGUUACUAUAAUGGGUCAUGUUGAUCAUGGGAAAACGACCUUACUUGACAAACUUCGAGAAACUCAAGUGGCAGCGAUGGAAGUCGGAGGCAUCACUCAACACAUUGGUGCUUUUCUUGUCUCUCUGCCUUCUGGAGAAAAGAUAACCUUUCUUGAUACUCCUGGACAUGCUGCCUUCUCAGCAAUGAGAGCCCGAGGAGCUCAGGUCACUGACAUUGUUGUGUUGGUUGUGGCUGCAGAUGAUGGAGUAAUGAAACAAACAGUGGAAUCCAUUCAGCAUGCCAAAGAUGCAGAAGUUCCUAUUAUCCUUGCAAUAAAUAAGUGUGACAAGACAGAUGCUGAUCCUGAAAAGGUGAAAAAAGAGCUCCUAGCUUAUGAUGUGGUAUGUGAAGAGUAUGGCGGUGAUGUUCAAGCGGUGCACGUCUCUGCGCUUACAGGAGAUAACCUGAUGGCUUUGACAGAGGCAACAAUUGCUCUCGCAGAAGUGUUGGAACUGAAAGCAGAUCCCACGGGUCCAGUGGAAGGAACAGUAAUAGAGUCUUUCACAGACAAAGGAAGAGGUCCUGUUACAACAGCUAUAAUUCAAAGAGGAACUCUGAGAAAAGGCUCAAUUCUAGUUGCUGGAAAGAGUUGGGCAAAAGUUCGACUAAUGUUUGAUGAAAAUGGAAAAACACUUAAUGAGGCCUAUCCUGGCAUGCCAGUGGGAAUCAUAGGCUGGAGAGACCUCCCUUCUGCAGGAGAUGAAAUUCUUGAAGUAGAAUCUGAGCCAAGGGCCCGUGAAGUUGUUGAAUGGAGGAAGUCUGAGCAAAAAGAAGAAAAAGGCAAAGAUGACCUGAAAAUAAUGGAAGAAAAGCGAAAAGAACACCAAGAAGCCCAUUGGAAAGCCCGUGAGAAGUAUAGGAGUCUGAACUGGAAGGAGAGAUCAUAUAAAAAGCACCUUGAAAGAAAGGAACAGAAACUCUUAAAGCCCAAAGAAAAGACAAAAAGGGACUCAAAUGUGCUUCCUAUUAUUAUUAAAGGUGAUGUUGAUGGGUCUGUGGAGGCCAUAUUGAACCUGCUGGAUACCUAUGAUGCUUCCCACGAAUGUCAACUAGAAUUAGUGCAUUUUGGACUGGGUGACAUCAGUGAAAAUGAUGUUACCUUUGCUGAGACAUUUGAUGGUGUUAUUUAUGGUUUUAAUGUGAAUGCAGGCAGUGCUAUUCAGCAGUCAGCUGCACAAAAGGGAGUUAAGAUUAAACUUCACAAAAUCAUCUACCAUCUUAUUGAAGAUUUGCAGGAGGAACUAAGCAGCAGAUUGCCCCACAGGCUGGAAGAGUACCCAAUAGGUGAGGCUUCUAUACUAGCUACCUUCACUGUAACAGAAGGAAAGAAAAAAAUUCCUGUUGCUGGCUGCAGAGUUCAAAAGGGACAAAUAGAAAGACAGAAGAAGUUUAAAUUAAUCCAAAACGGCCAAGUUAUUUGGAAGGGCUCAUUAACCUCACUGAAACACCAUAAAGAUGACAUUUCGGUUGUAAAGACUGGUAUGGACUGUGGUCUUAGUUUAGAUGAAGAAAAAGUAGAAUUCAAAGUGGGAGAUCAAGUCAUUUGUUAUGAAGAAAAUAAAGUUCCAACUAAGACUUCUUGGGAUCCAGGAUUUUAAAAAGCACAUUAAAAAUG